GGAGAGAUGAGGUAAUGGCCAGUGCAAGGAGGGAAGAGGAGAGACUUGUGUGUCAGUGGUCAACAGCCUUAAUUUCUCAUCAUUCAGCUGAUCUGCACACUUCCACUGAGAGCAAAAUGUGGGCUGCAGCCAUCUUCCUGUCUGGUGUGGUGACACUCUGCUCAGCAUCCAAAGGUUUGGGUGGCAAGGUGUUCCUCUUCCCUUAUGAGACCGACUUCAGCUUCGUGAAGCUCACCCCCCAGAAGCCUCUGGGUCUGUCUGCCUUCACACUCUGCAUGCGCGUGGCCACCGAGCUCGAGGGGGAACGGCAGAUCAUCCUGUUCGCGUACCGUACGCCAGACUACGACGAGCUGAACGUGUGGCGCGAGAAAGACGGGCGCAUGUCAUUCUACCUGAGCGGAGAUGGCGCCUUCUUCCACCUGCCACCGCUCACCACGUUCCGAACACACCUGUGCCUCACCUGGGCCUCGCGCACAGGCCUCUCCGCGUUCUGGGUGGACGGCCGUCGAAGCGCUCUCCAGAUCUACAAGCCAGGCCAUUCGAUUCGACCUCAGGGGACAGCGCUACUUGGACAGGAUGCGGACAAACACCUGGGGGACUUCGAGGCAGUCCAGAGCUUCGCGGGAGAGAUCACUGACCUCUGUAUGUGGGACUAUGUACUGACAGGUAACCAGAUCAAAGCACUGUACUUCAACCAGGGUCCGCGCGUGCCACGCCCAAAUGUUUUUGAUUGGCAGACCAUAGAGUAUGACAUUCAAGGGAACGUGCUGGUGGUCGCUGAUGACUGACUAAGCCCAUUUAACCUGUCAAACUCAUAUGCCCUCCCUCCAACAUCCUCUUACACAAAUAUUUAUGGAAGUGUUACCCUUUUUGCCAUCUUGUACAUUUCAAGGCCAGUAUAAUACAAGGGCCCAAAUAGGCCUUUUUCUGUGCUUAAUGUUGAACAUGAUGUAGGCUAGUUUGAGCAUCUAAACAUCAUCAAGCUCUUGUUCAGGACAUACCUGAUUAGAACACAAUCAUUAAUUCUCUCCCCAUCACAUAAUUUCCAAACUAAUGAACAAUUAAAGUUUAGUUACACUGUAUUCUCUACCUGUAAGCAUUGUAAUCUGUAGUCAAUAAAGCUGUGAUGUGUGUAAAAUUGGAGAA